AUGUCUGCCUUUGGGGUCCCAGCCAGCCUCAAGGCCGCCGCCGCCUUUGCCGCCGCCUUUGCCAUUUGGCACGUCGCUGAGCGAGAUUACCCGAGGCAAGCUGUGGCGAGCUCGUCGAGGGCUAAGCUGUCUCAGCUCGGCGCAGAAAAUCCGUCCUUGACCCCCCGGGGGGCACUCGAGGCUGCUGCUGCUGUCGACAUGGUGGGCCGAGCCGGCGAGCUGUCUCCGCGCGAGCUGUCAGCCGUCGACAAUGGCAAUGUCGUCCUGGAGCUCCGAGAUUGCGUCUCUUGGUUCUCUCUCGUGUCCCAGCUUCUCCGGGUGGUUGUAGACGUCGGUGUCGAGAGACAUGAUGGUCAGUCCUGGCGUGUGUUGUGUUUCGCCAACAAACUUGUUGAGAGAGAAGAGUCAGGUCCGGAGGAGUCUUGCUAUAAAAAGAAACACAAGCUCGACAGAGGAGGCUAUCUCUUGCGCAUUCCCACCGUUGGAGGGAGUCUGAUCAUGUGGGAGAGUUUGGCUCUGCGUAAAACCAUCCCACGGCAAAACAUCGGAUCGAUCUUGAACAAUAGCAAGCGCCAGCAAACGUCCUUACCCAGCAGCCCAUCGCCGGGGCCUUUCCUCCACGGGGGGCCCGCCGGCCGUGGCUGA